UUAUCAGAGACAAUGAAACCUCAAAGGCUCUAACCAUAACAUAACAUAAAUUUUCUAAUGUGUACUGUGUAGUCUAGUAUUCUAGUUGCGGCUAUAGUUACUUUUGUGUAAAUAAAAAUAAUAAAUAUGUAUUGUUUAGAUUUACCAUUUAUAUAAAACUUAAUAUAAUAUUUUCAAUUGGUAAAUAUGCACAAUUAAUGUUUAUGAAUCGUUUUCAACCGUAAAAUGGAUGCAGAUUUCGUUCAGUUACAUAGGGCAACUUGUUUUUUUUUACCGUUAUAGCUUUGUUGUGGUGUAAGAUCGCUUUCUUUAUUCUUAAGUUAAAAAACAAUGGAAAAUGGACUCAGAUUUAUUUGAUGAACACAGUGAUUGCUCUAGUGAAGUAUCAGAAACGCGAUCAGAACUCGAAUCUCGAAUCUAUGGUAUUAUCCACCAUAACGAUUUUUCAGGGACAUCGGAGUCACCAUUCAUUGAUCCAAAGUAUGGUGUAGAAUUCAAUACCAAUGGCGAAAUUGUUGUGUUUCUCAAAGAUCCAGCCGAUAUAGCAAUCAACUCCACCGUUAAUUUAUCCGAGGUGUGUAAAAAUAGUGUUAUACCAACACUUGUUUUAGAUGAUGACAACACUGAAACUUCUCAAGGUAUCGCUAGUAUAUUAGCUGAUAACGAAUUUACUGAAACAAGUUUAAAAAAAAAGAAGAAAAAAAAGAAGAAGAAAAAUGUAAAUGUGGAAAGUAUUGAGGAGUAUAUUAAUAUUAUUAAAAGUACUGAUGCGUUAAAAGAAUAUAAAGAGAAAAGUGGGUUAAAUAAAAUGAAUACUAAAACUAGUAGUGCUCAUAAAGUUUCUCUAAACGUAUCUUUGAAUAAUGAACGAGCAACGCCAAUGACCGCAAGUGAAAUUUUGAAACAAUAUCGUAUUGGAAAACCAACUGAAUGUAGUUUGUGGUAUAGAUGCCCAAAGACAUGGACUCCAGAUAUGGUUAAAUUUUAUACUAAAAUUCAAAAGUCAAAACGAAAUUAUGACUGUAGAGAAGAACUUAACAAAAUUAAAGAAAAAUAUGGUUCGAAUCCAGUUGAUUGGUCUUUAGAUCCCAUGGAUGUAAAUAAAUAUAAUUCAAAUACACCUAGAAUGAGAUGUAAUAUCUGUAGACAAUUCGGUCAUACUGGAUAUAAUUGCAAGGAUCAAUAUAAACCUCCAAUUUGUAUUAUGUGUGGAGUGGAAGGACAUCAUUUUCAUAGCUGUAAUAAAAAAAUAUGUUUAUCGUGUGGAACUUGGCAAAAAAAUUUUACAAAUAAUUGUAGUAUCUGUUUAUCAAUGAUCAGAGUCAAAUGUAAUCUGUGCAAUGAUGUCGGUCAUGAAUCAAGUUAUUGCACAGAAACCUGGCGUCAAUUUCAUAGUACUAUUUCUACUGCACCAGAACCUGAAAGUAACGAAUUUGCUCAAUCUACUUCUAGAUCAAAUACUGAUUCAAGACAAUCUACUACAAGAAAGUCUGAAUCUUCAUCGACAUUAACUCCCAAUGUCAAAGAGAAAAGUAAAAAUAGUCCAAAAUCUGUUGAUUCUGGUAAAAUUAAAAAAGCAAAACGAUUGCAAGCCAAGGCAAAACAUUCAAAAAAUAAAAAUAAAAGUAAUCUCACAAUUUCUGAUAAUGAAUCCAUAAAUAUUGAUGUUAAUAUACAAGAUGUUACAUUGCAACGCACUCUUACAAAACGAAAUUUUUUCAAGAAAAAAAAAUUUAGUGUCAACAGUUAAAUACAAACAUUUGAGAAUUGACAAUUCAAAUGACUAUUUACUUAAAAAUAAUAGAUUAGAUUUUUAAUCUGUUAACCCAUAUUGAUUUUUUUUUAUUUAGUGAUACUCUUGUAUCCGUUGUUUAGUAUAAUAUUAUAUUAAGCUUAAUAUAAUCUAGCGUAGAUAGAUUUAUUACAUUUAAUUGUGUCUUCAGUGGAUCUGUAUGACGCCAUAGUAUUAAAUAUAUUUAUGUUGUAAUAUCCGUUAUUCCGGUUUCUGAUGUUGCAAGUUUUAGUAUUUCAUAAUAUGUAAUUAUUUAGUAACAAUUUAUUGUGACAAAGUUUUUAUAUAGGAAAUUUUAAUAUUAUUUUAUUAUUUAAAAUUAUCAAUGUAUUACCUAUAUUACAUUUCCAUAAUUGCUCACUUCAAAAUAGUUUAGACUUCUAAUAUAAAUCUCUAUUUAUUUAGUUACUCUUAGGUCUGCAUAAAUAUUUAGCAUUCAAUUUGAAGUAGAAGAUGGAUAGAAUAUGGUAUUGAUAAUAUUAAAUUGCUAAAAUAUUACAUAAGCAAAAUAUUGUUAAACUUUUUGUCUUACAUUGGUGUACUAAUUUGUACAACUUGUUUCUCUAUUUUAAAUUAUGUCCCAAACAUGUCAAAAUACAACUGUAUUUGGAGAGUUUUUUUGUUAAAUAAAUCAUAGAAAAAUGUAAAUAAUUAAUUUUUUUGACAAUCCAAGACAAAAUGUUUAAAUACAGUGUGGUAAUAUGUAUAAUGGAUUCAAUUAUAUAAAUGUAAUGAAAUUA